GUAACCAGGGAAGAGAGAUUAAAGGAGCUUUGAAACUAAGACUGCAGUCCCCUCUGUCUAUGUCGUGCCCAUCCCCUUCUCUCAGUGACAUGUCUCUAGGCCGCAGGCCCACCUUUCAUCGAUACAUCUGCACCAAGGUGCUGCUGGCUGAGGGCAGAGAGUCACCCUUCACUGAGCACUGCCGAAACUUUGAGGAAAUCUACAGGGUUCUUCAGACAGAGAUCCAGAAGCUGAAGGAUCAAGUUCAGGAGAUGCACAGAAGCCUGACAAAGCAUCACUCGCUCAUCAACACAGACACCAUGAACGAAAUCCUGGAAAGCUCUCGGCUCAUUAACGAGCAGAUCGCGUCGCAGUACUCUGCCGUGCAGACCCAAAGGGCCAUAUUUGAGAAGAUUUGGGAUAUGACCUUUCAAAGAGUAACCAACGAGCAAGAGAUCUAUGAAGCACAGCUCCAUGAUCUUCUUCAGCUGAAGCAAGAGAACUCCUACUUGACAACCAUUGCACGACAGAUCGGGCCCUACAUCUUAUCCAUAGCAAAAGUAAAAGAGCGCCUGGAACCCAGGUUUAAAAAUCCACAAAGGCCAGAGGAAGAUCACAUGGACACUCUGGUGAAGAUUUGUAAGGAUGGCGCAACAACUACAGAACAAAAUAGCGAUGAGAAAAGUUGCCCAGCUGUCUGCGACUGGGACACCGGCACAGAAAACGCUCUCCUGGAGCCUGAAAAGACACAGCUGAAGAGCAAUGACUUUUGUUGGCAUGGAAAGCAGACAAAUAUUUCAGAGAUUUCUGCUGGAAAGAGCUGCUUCUGUAAAUCGGCAUGUUUGGACGAUGGUGACCAUUGACCGCAAAUGUGGCGUGUGAGUUUGUUACAUGUGUUAGACAUCAGCACAUGAACAAGAAGAAUCAGGACGUGAUUAGAAUUGUUUUAGCAUUUUGAGUGUGUCAAACCACCUGGACUACCGAGUGGAUCGACUGGCUCAAAAAUGUUGAUAUUUAAAAAAAUGUUGAUAUG